AUGCCUCCAAAAUCGGCGAGUAAAAAAGAAAGACCACUCUGGUGGAAUUGUGAAAAGUGCCAAACGUAUUUGCCCACGUGUGACUUAUUAAAACAUCAAACGGAAAACUGUUUAAAUCUAAAUUCGUUGGGCGCUUACGUCGAUGGCAGUGGAACGUUUCAUAGCCGCAAGGUUGAAAUUUGCGAGCUAAAACAGUUCGAGGAAGUUAAUUUGUGUACCGACAAUCAAAGAUAUAACCUAGUAUUACUGCCUAUUAGUGUAACACGAAAACUCGGGUUGAUAUUGGGGGAUUUUGUUUCCAUAUCGCUGUCGUCGGGUGAGAAUAAUGUAGGAUCGAUUGUCCGCACAUUAUGGCCGGUGGAUGAUAGGAUUGGAUCAAAAGUCGCUAUCGAAGGGCUGGAUGAGUUCGAGUACUCGCAGCCAUCUAAUGGUGAGUUAAAAGCCCGAGUUGUUGCUCUAAAUUCUAAGGUGGAAGAUGCUGAAGAAAUAUGGUUGCGAUUAGAGAAUCCCGAACAAGCAAAAUUGUUCCAGAAAAAUGGAAAGUUUUUACUUAUUUGUUUAAAGAACCAGCUGCAAGGAAGCGUUGUUUCAACUAGCAAUCCAAUUUCUAUUACCGUUUGCAACAAACGUUUCCGAUUUCGUAUUACCGAUACUAAAACAAUGACAAAAGAUGUUGUUACACAGUUAAAUAACAUGCACUUGGGCGAGCGACUGUUUGUCAUUUUACAAUCUACAAAAUUCGCUCUAGUGGACGAGUCUACAGAAACUCAGCAUGGCCAUCAGCAACGGAUGUACAGUUUAAAAAAUAUUGGAGGACUUGAUGAAUUAUUAGCGGAACUGAAAAAGCUAAUCGAUGCGGCUUUUGGUGUCGAAAUCAAAAAAACGAUCGACGAAUCAACCCGUCAAGGUCCUAUAAGUCGCGGGGUUCUGCUUACUGGCGUAUCGGGCGUAGGUAAAACGCUAGUAGUAAAUGCACUAGCUUCUAAUUAUCGUUGCCACGUCGUACGGCUCAAUUGUUCGGAAGUAUUUAGUAAAUUUUACGGAGAAUCUGAGGCGAAUGUAUCUCGCCAGUUUGCUGAGGUGUUCGAAGUGCACCCGAAACCCGCAAUGGUAAUCGUAGAGGAACUGCAUAAUCUUUGUCCCAAAAAUUCAUCGACAGAUAUUGUUAAGCGCAUUUCACAACACUUCCUUAAUCUACUAGACAGCCUGCAUAAUACAGCACGGGGUAAUCGUACUAUUGUCAUAGGCACCACAGACAACGCAGACAACGUAAAUUAUCUUUUGCGUCGAGGAGGUCGAAUGGACUAUGAAUUUGAAUUACCGGUGCCGGAUGCGAUCGCUCGGGAAGCUAUUCUGAGCAAAAUACUUUCUCGAUACGACAAAAAACUUGCAAUGGAUGAGAUUCGGACUGUAGCGCGUAUUACCCACGGUUACGUUGGAGCGGACCUAGAGAAUUUGGUAUCCAAAUCUGCGUCAUUGUCAAAGACUAUAGAUGGAGCAUCGUUAAUGGCUUCUCUGCAACACGUGAAGGCGAGUGCAAUGCGAGAAAUCAUGAUUGAAUGUCCGAAUGUCCGUUGGAGUGACAUUGGAGGACAGGACGAUUUGAAGCUGAAACUACGGCAAAUCAUCGAUUGGCCCAUUCACCACCCGGAAUUAUUCGAAAGGCUCGGUAUAAAGCCACCACGCGGAUUGCUAAUGUUUGGCCCUCCCGGCUGCUCUAAAACGAUGAUAGCUAAGGCAAUCGCUACGGAAAGCCGCUUGAAUUUUCUUUCCAUUAAAGGAUCAGAGCUGUUUUCUAUGUGGGUUGGUGAAUCGGAGCGAGCGGUUCGGGAUCUUUUUCGCAGAGCGAGACAAGUUGCACCAUCGAUCAUAUUUUUCGACGAAAUUGAUGCCAUCGGAGGCGAAAGAUCUGCUGAUUCAGGUAGUUCGGUGAGAGAGCGUGUGCUGGCGCAACUACUCACCGAAAUGGAUGGUGUCAGCGUUCUGAAAGACGUGCGCAUUGUUGCAGCUACCAAUCGUCCGGAUCUAAUCGAUCGAGCUCUAAUGCGCCCGGGACGGUUAGAUCGCAUCGUGUAUGUUCGUUUACCCGAUGACGAAGCCAGAGAAGAAAUCUUUCAGAUAAAACUUAAGCGUAUUCCUAUAACACCGGCUGUAAAUGUGACGGAGCUGGUGCGACGCACUGCAGGGUGUUCUGGGUCGGAAAUUGAAGCCAUCUGCCAGGAGGCAGCUCUGCGUAGCUUAGAAACGUCUUUCGAUGCACAAGCAGUCGAUUGGUCCCACUUUGAACACGCUUUGGAAAUCGUGAAACCACGCACAAGUCCUGAUCUGUUGCGUUUGUACGAGGAAUACUUAAAACAGCAUUCGUGAUAAACGGCCAAUGCAAACAAUCGCAAGCAACACGUGCGUACAUGUGAAUUGAAAUAUAUUGCCUCGAACCGAGUAAUUGCU